ACACAGGUGGACACGAGUGGCCAUAGCUCGGAAUUAUGAAUUAAUUUGUCAGAAGUAUCAGAACAUGCAUUAUUGAUGCUAAGUGGCCACAGUUGCGCUCCAACAACUCUAAAUUCGGUGCUUGCAGGUGUUGCAAAUUCGUGUUUCUAGUCGUUCACCCUUUGGCAGGUGAUUGCUGGACAACAAUGACCUGUGUGGUCAACCUCACGUUGAGCCCAUUCCCCUGAGUGGUUCAUCUGCUGAUUUAUUUUCAUCCGUGUCGAUACAAGAACUGCUUUUCAAUGUCAGUGCACAGUUUGAGUACCAUGGCAUCCAGCUUCAUCAACAGAGGCUCCUCUCGAAGAUCUGAAGACACCAUGGAUGAUGAUCUAGACGAUAAAGAUGACACCAAAAGAAAAUCACGAAAUUUGAGUGAGAAAAAGAGGCGGGACCAGUUUAAUAUGCUGAUUAAUGAGCUCAGCUCGAUGGUUUCAUCCACAAGCAGAAAAAUGGACAAAUCAACAGUGUUGAAAUCUACCAUAUCAUUCAUCAGAAACCACAACGAGAUAGCUGUAAGGUCCCGAGCGCAUGAAAUCCAAGAGGAGUGGAAGCCAUCCUUUCUCUCAAAUGAAGAAUUUACACAUUUAAUAUUAGAGGCGCUGGACGGCUUCAUUAUGGUCUUUUCUUGCUCAGGAAGAAUAUUCUACGCCUCUGAAAGCAUCACCUCCCUCCUUGGACACUUACCAAAUGACCUCCUCAACACAACUGUCUACGACAUGGCCUACGAAAAUGAUCAGUCAGAAUUGUACAACAUCCUCCUGAAUCCCACAAACCCUGUUGAAUCCUCGCAGUACAACAUUGGCAGAGAAAAUCAAAUCACUUUUUACUGCCACAUGAAGAGGGGAGGGCUUGAUUUCAGCGAAGAGGCGUCAUACGAGUUGGUACAGUUCAUUGGAUACUUCCGAUCAAUAGUGGAUUCUGCUGAGGUGGACGCAAUGAUUUCCAGCAGCAACAGUUUUCCAGAUGAAUCAAACAAAAUUGUGUUUGUCGGCACAGGACGACUGCAGACGCCUCAAUUGAUUCGAGAAAUGUCAAUUGUUGAUUCCAGCAAGAGCGAGUUUACCUCAAGACACAGUCUGGAGUGGAAAUUUCUAUUUUUGGACCACAGAGCGCCCCCCAUCAUCGGAUAUUUGCCAUUUGAGGUGCUGGGAACCUCUGGAUAUGAUUAUUACCACAUAGAUGAUCUCGAGAAAGUUGUCGCUUGCCAUGAAGCUUUGAUGCAAAAAGGGGAAGGCACCUCCUGCUACUACAGAUUUUUGACAAAAGGCCAACAGUGGAUCUGGUUGCAAACUCGGUUCUACAUAACGUACCAUCAGUGGAACUCAAAACCAGAAUUCAUCGUUUGCACACACAGUGUAGUGAGUUACAUAGACGUGAUGAGAAGGCUGCGUGAAUCUCCUACCAAAUUGGAAAAAAUAGAAGGUGACAUGGAGGGUUUAGACCCUGAAGGCCUUCAAGGUGAAUCACUCGACAUGGACCGAGAUAUGGACGGAGAGGAUGAGGAGCAAGGCACUGACUCGCAACUCUCAGCAACCAUCACGCAAUCAGGGCUUCCUGCCUCCUGGUCCCCAAACAAAUCAUCAGUGGGAAGAAGUUCGAGAUUUGGCGUUAGGUCCGCAGAUGGGUCGCCUUCAAGGUUAGGUAAGACACCUUCAUCUAAGGUGUGUGGUCCAGGAUCUGACUGCAACUCGAUGUCAGCUGACUCUCCAACAUCGCGGCAUUCUCGGAUGACGGUGCACAGUGCACGUUCAGGGAGAGAUGACGCUACCUCGAGUAACUCACAAUCGGUGCACCAUCCGCAGCAGCAACCGCAGACGCAGCAGCCUCUGCAGCAGAGCUUGCAGCCAAGGAGCGUCAGCACAGUAAUCACCACUGCGUACCCUCACUACCAGUCAGCAUCAAAUCUCCAACCAGUACCUUCGCACCAGCAAGCACAGCAAUUUGUCGCUGCUAUUCCAGUGCAGCCAGCCAUGAUCGCAGCUCCUUUCCCGACUCCAACUGUCAUAUCAGCGAUGGCUCCACCAGAGCUGCUCCGCCAACCAAUUGUGGUGACCUCUCCGCAGUCGCAGAUCCACGACCAGCUGCAAAGAAAACACGCCGAGUUGCAGCAGCUGAUAGUGCAGCAGCAAGAAGAGCUACAGAGAGUCAGGGAGCAGUUGUUGAUGGCACGCUAUGGAAUUUUGCCACUCAACGUCAGUCAGGUUACCAUGCCGUAUUCCCAGAGCGGUACCACGAGUACAACGCCCUUGACCACAACAGCUGAGCUGAUGUGCACCACUAACCGGGGCACCGCCACCGUGUACGCCCAGGCACAGGACAUAUCCAUGCACGAUCAGAUGAUCAGUGGAAGGUCAGACGAGACGAUUCCGUUCCAACUGUCGCAGCAGCAGGCGCAACUGCUAUUUACCUCAGGUAUUGGCAUCCCUCCUAACCAACCGCCCAGUCAGUGAAGUAGUCAAUUUGUCAAUCAAAAUACGUGCCAAAUCAGCAGAGUAGGUAGAUGACGACGGCCAGUGAGGCCGUCUUGCCGGGAUCAACUGGUGUUUUAUCAGGAGUCGAAUUUUAUCGUUUAAAAUAAUCAUGUAUAUCAUUUAUAGAGAAAAAAGCAGGGUACUAUGUGUGAUGUCUUUUAAUAAGUUCAUUAUAUUAUAUAAAUGUCGGCGGGCAGACGGGGCAUAGAGCUUGACUUAGCGCGAGCCCAAAAAACCUAUAAUACAUACGCCAUAAAUAUUUGUACAAAGUGAAUGUUCGCCACUAGGUGAGUCGUAUCAUUGUCUGAAAUUUUAAUGUGCCAGCCCCGUUGCCGACUUGAAAAUGUAUUUUUGAUGGAUUUUUUAAAAAAAUCUUGAAUGUGAUGACUAAAUGGCGAAACGUGUACAUCGUUGAAGUGUCAGUGAUUUGAUAUUCAUAUUAUAAAGAUAGCAGCUAACUGAUCAAAUAUUAUCACCGACUGACUUGAUGUCUCUCUAGAGUCUCAUCCACAAGCCUUAUUGUUCAAGAGGGCCGGUCCAAGCAGAGACUAUCAAGUCUUCAUGUAAUCAAUGUGAGUCAUGAUGUGUCUUGGAACAUUUUUAAUGUUUAUAUUCAUUUUCGCUGCAGGAAGUGCAUCAGAGUCUACCGUUUUCAUGGUAAUAAUUGAUACUUUGACAUUUUCACGUGCUGAGAUCAAACAUUUUGGCAACAAGUAAUUGUGUACGGUUUUUAUCAGAGCUUAUAUAUACUAUUGACUGAGGAAAAUUUCGCCAAGUUUUACUUUUUAAGAGAUAUUAAAUUUGUGAUGUUAUUCGCAAUCUGUUUGUACCUUACAGGACAUGACAACCUAAAGCCAUUUCUUGGAAAUCAAAUUGAAUCACUUACCUUGGUUGAAAUGUCUCUAAACAUUUUUAAAGUUUUUUAAACCAUUGUUUUACUCCGGACCAAUGAGAGUAGUUACUUCUAUUUUGUUUUAGCGAAAUGUUGGUUUAUUUGCAAGAUUAAAAGUUGAUUAUUUUGUGUGUUGAUUAUGAAUAAAGAAAAAAUGUGUACAA